AUGGUGACACUUUAUGGACCAAACCGAGCUGAUGGCGAUGAAUCUGGGACUUUAAAGGAGACAAGAAAACAAAGUUCGUCGGUCAUCGAUGAAGACUUUGUUGAAACUAUUCAAGACAUUGAUGGCCAUGUUGCUCGAAAUGAGGUGAAUUUGGAGGGUUUUGAUGCUCCUCAUUUUGAUUUUACUGUACCUGAAACACAAUCAUCAGACCCUUCUCCUAUAGCAAGUGGUAGUAAAAAGAAGAAAUUGAAAGUGGCUAAGAAUAAAGAGUCAAACAAUGAAAUGAUUGAAAUGAAAGAGUCAAUGAAUAUGGUUGCUGAGGCACUACGAGAAGGAAAUGAAAUAAUGAGAGAACGUCAAAAAUAUGAUCUGCCUCCAAUUUCUGGUGAAGAAACAUGGAAUUUAAUAGGGGGUUGCGGGUGUGAGGCAGCGUCAUUGUCUGAGAUAUAUUGUGCUGUCAUGAACGAUGUUAACAAACUUAGAAUGAUUUUCCAAUGUCCACUUGAAGCACGCAAAGCUGUGAUAAUGCAACUGGUCUUUGGUUCAUCUGAUUAA